AUGUUAUCGUAUGCUUUCUUCAUUACACCAUUAAAUAUUCUCUUCAUCCUCCACUUUCCUCCAGUUUCGCCCAGGUUUUGGCGCACCCUAGCCGUACUGCCCGGCACCGCACGAGAUCUGCACAUUUCCCUUGAUAGUCCUCAACUUAGCCUUCUUGUUACCGCUGGGAUAGAGGAGGAUACCACAAUUGCCAUAAGCGACGAGGACGAAAGAGCAGAUAAGGAACAUGUUUAUCAGAAGGAGCAAGAGGACUGGAAGCUCGAAACCGCUUAUUCUUCACAAAAAGCUUCUUCACUCGCAGCAACUCCAGCCAACGUCAGGCUUUUGGAUGCCUCCAACUCAAAUCGCCAGAUUUGGUCUACCAUGAAGCCUCGGCUUAGUCGUCGUCUCGGCCCCUCAUCUCUAGUGGAGUCGACAAAGGUCCAAGCUACUGGCAGGCCAAGCUUGUCGUUAUUGUCACCAUUGCCGUUACAGGGGCUGUCGCAGGCCGCUGUACAAUUCCGAGUCUCGCUAGUUGGCCGCAAGCAAUUGGGCCGGCCGAGCACACCCACUCAAUGGGUGCUUCUGCCUGGUACGUCACUGGAACCCGUAGAUCUACUCACAGUUUACUUUUUUUUCGACUAG